AUGUUUAAUGUUGAUGUAUUAGAGACAGAGCAAGUAGUUAAUGUGGAUGCUGGAAAAGAGAAAGUGAUAGAUGACGUUGAAGGUGAUGAUGUUAAUAAGAGCACUACAAGUUCUUCGAGCUCUUCAGAUGACGAGAUUGACGAAACUGAAAGGUUGAAAAGAAUUCAAGCAGAGACAGAGAAAGAGAAGUUGUUGAGAAAGAGGAAAAGGCAAGAAAAGGAAGAUGCUCCAUAUGUGCCAUCUCCACAACAUGUGUCUGAAUCGCAAUCACCUUCAAGUGGUAGAAAGAAGGCCGGAUCAAGAAAGAAAGUUGUGUCUCCAAAGAUACGAAAAGUUACUCCAAAGAUUUCAAAGCCGAAGAUUGUCUUAAAGAGGAAACCUUCCAAAGAUUCCAGGAAACCACCAACACCACCACAUGAGCCAACACCACACCAAUCACCAAUCCAAUCACCUCCACGACAACAUACACCUCCACAACAACCUUCACCACCAAAACAACCAACACCACCCAGACAACCAUCACCAAUACACCUUUCACCACUACAUCUUUCACCACCACAACAACAAACCUUAUUCACAUCGCAAGAAAUCUUUAAAAAACUCACCCAAAUUCAACUAACACCUGGUUCUUCUGGGCACAGAGGUCUUCAUAUUCCUCAUGAUACUCUUGAAGAUAUUGGAGAUUUUGGCUUUGCAAACGAUGAACAAGUAAAGAAGCUUGAAAAGAAGAUGGAUGAAGUGUUGGACGAAAACAAAAAGUUAGCUGCUGAGAACAAGAAAGUUUCUGAUCGUGAAAAAAUUCUUGAAAUGCGUGUGAAGAGGUUGGAGACUGGUAACAAAGAAUUGCUGAAGAAGAUUGAUACUGAUCAAUCAGAGAUUGAUAUCUUGAAAGUGCGAGUUGCUGAACUUGAAGAAGAAAAAGCUCGCAGAGAUGAACAGAAUAAAUAUUUCGAGUUGAAAAACAAAGAGCUUGAAGCUGAAAAAGCAUUCAGAGAACAUGAGUUCUAUAUGUUAAACAAAGUCGUUGAAAGUAUGCUUGGAACGUCAGUUGAGCAAAAGUUUGAAGAGAUACAAGUCGAAGAACUCAGGGCUAAACGUCAAGCUGAGAUAAAUGAAUAG